AUGUCUUCCCCCCGCGUCCCCAUCGAGGUCAUCGAGCACAUCAUCGAUGAACUCGGUGCGACUGAAUACUCGACCGCGGCCCUCGCUCGUUGCAUCCGGGUACACAAGGACUGGAUCCCCCGGACCCGCAUCCAUCUCUGGCGCACGCUCACGGUUUCCAGUCGUGAGCAACUCCCAGUCAUCUGCGACACGUUCGACCGGAACCCCACUCUGCAAUCCCUGGUCAAAGUGGUCCGGCUGAAGCCCAAUCGCGGGAACGAGUUCCCUGUCACUGCCCCGAUCGUCCUCCUCCCAUACCUCAUCCACAUCCAGGCUUGGGAGUUUUUCGGUGGUUUGGGAACGACUUUUCCACUCCGGCGAGCGAUGUUGGUUUCCCUGGGCCAGUAUCGGGAUGUGAAGCGGGUGACUCUCUCCGGUGUACGAUUCAAGAACCUUUUCCACCUCUGCCCCAUUCUGUACGCCUUUCCUGCCCUGGAAGAAACAAUCAUGGAGUCCAUAAGUGGGCUUGAUACUCCGUCAAACCAGUCGUUUCUGUCUGCGCAUGGUAGAAUAAAGGGCUUGCGGCAGCUUGGGCUCAUCACGGUGAUAUCUGUUGAAUCCACAUUGCUGGGAUCAAGCUGA